AUGGUUCUAAACAAGCAGUCUUCGCUUGACGAUUUAGUUCAAUACACACAGUUAUUUAAGCCUGUAGCCACGAUAUUACAAGGGACCGUACUGCCUUUUCUAAUAAUUUAUCCUAUAAUCUUUUAUUGUUGGACUUUUGUGUACGGUUUCAAUGAGAAUUUCGAAGCUGGCUUCGUAACUGUUGCUGUGGUGGCAAGCAUACAAAUCUUGAUAUGCCUAUGUUGUUACUGGAGUGUGCACAUUCAGUGUUUCCUUUCGUGUUCGCCGGAAAGUAACCCUAUACGUGCGGAAAUUGUAAAAGUCGUUCCAACAUCAAACAAUGGAUUCCCAGAAAUUGUUAAACUUCAUCAUACAAAGUCCACAAAACGAGGUAGUGAUAAUCCAGAUGUAUGGUUUGUGUUCCAAAAAAGCAAGUACCUCUAUGAUUGGGAUAAGAAGUCUUUCCAAAGUGUAGAAUUUCCUGUAAACAGAACAUAUGAGGAAUACUUGGAUUCUAAAGGUUAUUCGGAUGAUGAAUCAAUUGAUUUGGCAGAGAAAGAAUUUGGAAAAAAUGAAAUGAUCAUGGUUGUGCCUGAAUUCAUGGAAUUAUUUAAAGAAAGGGCAACAGCACCAUUUUUUGUGUUCCAAGUCUUCUGUGUAGCCCUCUGGUGUCUGGACAAGUAUUGGUACUACUCUAUCUUCACUCUUGUAAUGUUAGUGAUGUUUGAAUGCACAUUAGUUCAGCAACAAUUAAGAAACAUGGCAGAAAUCAGGAAAAUGGGAAAUAAGCCAUACAAUAUAAAUGUGUAUAGAAAUAGAAGGUGGCGACAAAUCAUGAGUGAUCAGUUGCUUCCAGGUGAUAUUGUGUCACUUACUCGCUCUGGUAAUGAUAAUUUAGUACCAUGUGAUAUCGUCCUGCUAAGAGGAUCUUGUAUAGUAGACGAAUCUAUGUUGACCGGUGAAAGUGUACCACAAAUGAAAGAGCCACUUGAAAAUAACAAAGACAUAAAACAGAACUUGGACCCAGAGGGUGAUGGAAAGUUGCAUAUGCUGUUUGGUGGCACAAAGAUUGUACAACAUUCUUCCCCGGGCAAAAAUGUAUUAACCGGUCUUAAAGCUCCGGAUAAUGGUUGCAUUGGUUACGUCGUACGAAACGGCUUUAACACUUCACAAGGAAAGCUGUUAAGAACUAUUCUGUUUGGUGUAAAAAGAGUAACAGCUAACAAUUUAGAAACAUUUGGUUUUAUAUUGUUUUUGUUGAUUUUCGCAAUUGCUGCUGCUGCAUAUGUUUGGAUCAAGGGCUGCGAGGAUCCUGAAAGAAAUAGAUAUAAAUUAUUUUUAGAAUGUACACUGAUUUUGACUUCAGUAGUUCCUCCAGAGUUGCCUAUAGAGUUGUCCUUAGCUGUUAACACAUCCCUACUGUCCCUAUCUAAGUUAGCUGUGUUCUGUACGGAGCCUUUUAGAAUUCCAUUUGCUGGCAAGGUUGAAAUUUGUUGCUUUGACAAAACUGGAACUUUGACUAGUGACAAUUUGGUAGUUGAAGGAGUUGCUGGUGUAGGGGAGCAUAAAGACGCAACCGUGAUACCUUUAUCGGAAGCACCUUUGGAAACGGUUCAGGUCUUGGCAUCUUGUCAUUCUCUUGUUCAACUAGACGAUGGAGUGGUCGGUGAUCCCUUAGAAAAAGCGACAUUAAAAGCGGCUGAAUGGAACCUAACGAAAGGCGAUGCCGUAGUGCCAAAGAAAGGAAAAUCUCCAGGGCUUAAAAUCGUUCUCAGAAAUCACUUUGCUAGUGCUCUAAAAAGAAUGUCUGUAGUAGCAGGCUAUCAAGUCAAUGAUAGAGGAUUUUUUGAGACACAUUACAUAAGCAGUGUAAAAGGUGCUCCAGAAACGAUUAAAACUAUGCUAAAAGAAGUUCCUGAACAUUAUGAUCACGUUUAUUUAACGUUGUCGCGUAGAGGCGCAAGAGUUCUUGCUUUAGGUUAUAGAAAUUUAGGAAAAUUGAGCUCGCAAGAACUGAGAGAGUUAUCGAGAGAAGAUGUUGAAACAGACCUCACAUUCGUCGGGUUUGUAAUAAUAUCCUGUCCAUUGAAAACUGACUCUAAGAAAGCGAUAGCUGAAAUUGUAAAUGCCUCACAUUCCGUAGUUAUGAUAACUGGGGACAAUCCUUUAACAGCGUGUCAUGUGGCUAAAGAACUAAAAUUUACGCAGAAAGACGAAGUGCUAAUUCUUACUAAGAGUGACGAAGAUUGGAGUUGGAAAUCUAUUGACGAAAAGGUGGAUCUGCCAGUUGUACCAAAUAAGACAUUCAAAGAACUGACAAAUAAAUACGAUCUAUGUAUCAAUGGGGAGGGUUUGACAUUCCUAAAUGAACAUUAUCGUAAACUUUUACUUGAUAUCAUUCCAUUUAUUAAAGUGUUUGCAAGAUUCGCACCGAAACAGAAGGAGUUUGUGAUAGUGACACUGAAGUCGUUGGGAUAUGUUACAUUGAUGUGUGGCGAUGGUACUAAUGAUGUGGGCGCUUUGAAGCAUGCUGAUGUAGGUGUAGCUAUCCUCGCGAAUGCUCCAGAAAAAGUGAAAGAAAAGACCCGCGAAGAACGACCCCCCGAACCUGAAUUACCAAGACGCUUAACUGGCCCGAGAGACGCCCGCGCCGAAGCGAGAGCUGAAGCCGCUCAGAGGCUCAGGAGAGCUAUGAAGAAAUUAGAAGAAGAAGAUCAGCCCCAGAUUGUAAGAUUGGGUGAUGCGAGUGUGGCCGCACCGUUUACUAGUCGACUGUCGAGUAUAUUCUGUAUCUGUCACAUAAUCAAGCAAGGCCGUUGUACACUCGUAACGACAUUACAAAUGUUCAAGAUACUUGCUUUGAACGCGUUGAUAUUGGCCUACAGUCAAUCUGUAUUGUAUUUGGACGGGAUAAAAUUCAGCGACACACAGGCGACUCUACAGAGUCUGUUAUUGGCGUCAUGUUUCCUCUUCAUAUCGCGGUCUAAACCGCUGAAACAACUAUCAAAACAACGUCCGCUACCAAAUAUCUUCAAUAUGUACACAGUCAUGACUGUCCUUACUCAGUUUGCGGUGCAUUUUGUUUGUCUCAUAUACUUGGUGCGAGAGGCCACGCUAAGAUCACCAGACAGAGAUCCCACGCCAAAGUUGGAUAUGGACCUAGCUGAAGAUGAGGAGCGUCCCUUCCAGCCAGAUCUUCUGAACAGCACCGUAUAUAUCAUAUCCAUGGCUCUGCAGAUAUCCACUUUUGCUAUUAAUUAUAGGGGUGAACCGUUCAUGGAAGGUCUUCGUGAUAACAAACCACUAUUAUACAGCAUAGUGAUCUCGGGGGGUGCUGUACUGGCGCUCGCGGCGGGUAUAUUCCCUGAUUUGAGCAACCUAUUCGAAAUUGUUUACUUUCCACCAGAGUAUCGUCUAAUCGUAGUGCAGGUGUUAAUAGAAGACAUGCUGUUUGCGUAUCUCGCUGACCGGGCAUGUCUCUGGCUGUUCGGUGAGGGCCGCGCAGGCGCACCUACGUAG